GCCUGUCCGGCCCUUCCCGGGAGACCCCAGCCUGCAGUGACCCCCCUGAAGCACAGCUGCACAGUCUCCUCAGGGGACCCCUGGCCGCCUCCCGCAGGGCCGCACACCAAGCACCGCUUGUCUGCUCCACUUGUGUGUAACUGGCGCAUCCGCCUCGCAAACCAGGGCACCGGUCACCACGCGGGGUUGGGUGAAGGGGGCACGAGGCUGGCCGUCCUCCUGGCAGUGACAAGGGUAAUCGGGUUUUCUCGGAGGCCAGGCACCCAACCAAUGCAGCCCGGCUCUCCAGAGAAAACCAGCGCCCUCUUUAACUGCAGCCCACGCAAGGCCACGAAGCCGCUCCCGAACGCCUUUGCCCCACUUCCGGUUCUGCUUCCCCUUCUUCCGCUACGGGCGGCGUGGGAGGCGGGGCUAUGUGAGAAUGGCGGGGAAGUGCCGGGCGGGGCCUCGUCUCCGGACGGAAGCUCGAGGUUCGGAGGCCUUUUCCGGCGCGUGACGGAAACUACAGCCCCCAGAAUCCUCCGCGGUCUCGCGAGCGGCCUGUCUCGUCGCGAGAAGCGGCGGCUAGGGGCGUCUGCGCGGACAAACGGAAGUCUAGGUGACGGUCUGAGACAUCGCCGCCAAGCUGGGAACCGGGGAGAUGGCCGAGACUGACCCCAAGACGGUGCAGGACCUCACCUCAGUGGUGCAGACGCUCCUGCAGCAGAUGCAAGACAAAUUCCAGACCAUGUCCGACCAGAUCAUCGGGAGAAUCGAUGACAUGAGCAGCCGCAUCGACGACCUGGAGAAGAACAUCGCGGACCUCAUGACGCAGGCUGGAGUGGAGGAGCCGGAGGGGGAGAGCAAGACGCCCGCCCCGCAGAAGAGCUGAGGUCGCCGGGAGCCACGCUGAAGUCUGCGACACCGGACGUUUCAAGCCGAGAGAAGACCGAAUGGCUUUCGCAGCUGGCUGCUGUGUGUAGACAGGUUUUACGUAACCGUGUGCACUCACCACACGCCGUGUAGUUAGGUUAGAGUGAGGCCCGCCCCGCCCCGCCCCGCCGCUUCUCAGAUGCGGCACCCUCCCCUCUUGGAACUUGGUUAGUUGUGCUCUUCCUUAUUAAACACUAACACUUCGGCGGUUCCAGCACACAGUUGUCCAUUUUUAGUGUGUUUCUGUGGAGUCCUCUCUCCCCUCCAUUCCUCUUGUAGUGGUUGUGAAGUUGCCGUGGGACUUUUUAUUAGACACAUUGUGACGCUGUUGGACUUGGUGACCUACGAUAUUUGUGGCAUUUAGGAUUAAGUCUCACGCAGUGAGCAUUUAGCAGCAGCACGCAGUGUGCUGGCGGCACUUUCCAAAUGACUGGAAACUCUAAAAAUUCUCCAGAAACCACUCACUGCCCUGUUGCCAAAAGUCGGCAUUCCUGUCCGUCGAGGGCUCCGUCCCUGAGAUGAGACGCUGCAGUCACUGGAAAGAGCUUUUAGAUUCUGCUAGAACGUCUACGAUGCAGAGAACCAGAGAACGCAGCCUGCCCCUAGGAGUGUGUGUCAGUUUUGCAUGAGGUUCUGAUUCACGUGCAGUGAUGACCACAAAAGUCUGGCAGGAUUUCAGCCCGGUCACUCCACCUGCUCCGUGGUUCAGGGUGAGGAGAGAGGCCAGGUCAGCCGUGCGCCAGUGGCUCGGCCGGGACAGAAGUGGCCGGCGGCAGGCUCCAGGUUUUAAGAAGUCUUACUUAGUGAUUUAAGCUAACAGAGCAGCAAGUGGAUUGGUUUCAGAAAACAAGGCAAUGGCUGUUGUCACUGAGUGCAGUGCCGGAGGGAGGCCUCGCGGGUGACCCCGCGGUGGCCCUGCACAGCGGGCGCCCGAGUUCAGCGGUGCUACAGUGCUCCCGGGGAGCCCGAACGAAAGCAGUACGCUUUGGGCUCCAGCUGCCCGCGUCACCGCCAUCACUGUCUGUAUCUUAAAGAUGUACUUCUAUUGAGAGAGAAGUUGUCCUGUUCAUGAGCUGUACGGGGGGUGCGGGAGUCUGGCCGGCAGGCUGUGCUGUGCGGCCGUGUGUCCUGCUCACGUGGGCCGGGUGUGUCCGAGCCUGGGACUGGCCCCUGGAGAAAAUAGGGCUUGCUGUGGGGGGGUCGGGACUUCCGGGAGUUGGCUUCCUUGCGUUGCAGUGACUUCGAAGGCAGGCUCCUUGGAGCAGUGAAUAAAGGUGCCUGAAAUCCUGCCA